UUUAUUCGUGUUUAGGCAUAGACACAAAUUGCUACACAUAAUAUUUUUCUUUUCGUCCGGUCUAUAACUUACAUGUUUACAAUGGAUUUUAAGUUAUCCAAGUGCACAUUGGUCGCGGCCGUGGUUUGUUUGGUCAAACUCGCCGUGGCUUUCCCUCUGUCCCUGGAACACGAUGGCGGCGGCUACGAUCAUGGAUCGAUGAACAGUUAUCACUUCGAGUACGCCGUCAACGAUCCGGUCACGGGCGACGUGAAGAGCCAGAACGAAGUGAGCGACGGACGCGGCACGGUCAAGGGGACUUACAGCCUGCUGGAAGCGGACGGUUCGACCCGAGUGGUCGAGUACACGGCCGACGACGUGCACGGUUUCCGGGCUGAAGUUAAGCAUAUCCAGGGCGUCAGCAAGUCCUAUGCACCGCCCGAACACCGGUUGCCCGCCACCUACGACGUUGCCGAACAACCUGCACCCGUUCACGAUGCCCGUGGACAGGUCGAAGAUCAAUACGAGCCCGGACAAUACGAGACCCAACCUGGAUCGUCGCACUGAACCGUCUUUUUGAAAAAUAACGAAUUAAUUAAGAAAAUCUGAUGAAAAAAUGUCCCCCCUUCGUCCACCCCAACGGCGGUUGUCUUUUGUUUUGGUGUUUUUCGGUCCGUAGAUUGGUCUAAUGAUGAAAUAUUUCUCCAUUAUUCUCUAUCCAAAACUACUUCUUUCGAUUGUCUAUAAUAUGAUCCCAUACCUAUAUUAUCUAACAUAAUUUGUUUUAUAUACAACAGGUCCUAGGUCCUACUCUUCCUGGCUUCCCGUCGGUUUUUCCCCCGACUAUUACAUUUUAUUAUUUCUCGUGAGAUGUCGUAUCCACUUCUUACUCCUCUCCGCGACCGCAGUCUCCCAUAUUGGUGUUUGUUUUGGUGUUAUGUAGCCUAAUACUAUGUGUUUUUUUAACAUGGAUUUUGUUGUUAUAAAUAUAUAUAUAAUUAUUGUUAUUAAUAAAUCUUUUAAACUCGUUGUUAAUAAAAAUAUUAUA